AUGAGGGACCAAUUUAUCGCCCGCCUAACGUCAGAUGCCCUUCGAGUGAAGUUAAUCGGAAAAGGGCAUAGGCAUAAAACCGCAUAAGAGAAAGUCAAAUUACGAGAAUUGGUCGAAGCCGCCAAAACAUUCGAGGUAACCGCGUCCGUGGCGAAUCAGCUGACGAAAACAGCCAAGAAUACUCAGCAGGAGCAGGUCAACUUCACAAGCAAAUCGCUGCAACCAUCACAGUGUUUUUGGUGUGGUGGGAAACAUCAACAGCAUCACCUGCCAUUUCACGCGUGUCUGCAGAAGUGGAAGACGGCGACAAUCUCGAAAGCAACAAUCCACUUUUGUCUCUGAAGACAUUGGCGAGGAAGGUUUCGUCACAGAGUGCGACACAGCACACUUUGCAAUAAAAUAUUUUGCUAAUCUGCACCUCAUACGUGAAAGGAAAUCAAAAGUCGUCAAAGCACAAAUCGACUCUGCAUCCACUUGUAAUACUAUAUCCAGCAGUCUUCUGAGAAAGCUAUUUCCUAACACAAAGAUUCGUCGGACUAGAAGCAGGAUAAACACGAACAGAAGUGAAAUUAUGCGUCAUGAAGGCCAG